AUGGACGAAAAGACAUCCCUCGGGGCGACUGCACACAAUGAGACCCUGACUCAGGCGACAAAGUCAGGACUGGCGGACCCCGCUGACCGCCGCGAGUCCUUUGCUCUCAAUCUCGUUGAGAAUCCGCUGACGCGCAGCUCUCCAGAGCAGGCUGUUCUCGAUGCCCGAGCUUUCGCCGAGUCGCACCAGAUGGCGGAGCACGCAGAUCUGUUUGGUCGCGCCGCUCUGGUCGCGCGGGACCCCCAACGCUUCGAGAUGAUUACUGAGCUCUCUGAGGAUGAGCGCGCCGCCCUCAUAUAUGAGCGCGAUCACAAAUGGCACGGCCCCUUCAUGCUCUGGUACUCGAUCGCUUUGUGCGCCGUCGGAGCCGCUACCCAGGGAUGGGAUCAGACGGGAUCGAACGGUGCCAACCUGUCCUUCCCGCAGGAAUUUGGCCUGGUUGGAACAGCGAGAGCUGAAUGGAUCGUGGGAGUUAUCAAUGCGAUCAUCUUUUUGACUGCUGGUCUUAUUGGUGCCUUUAUCGUCGAUCCACUGAACCACUACUUAGGCCGACGAGGAGAGAUUUUUGUCACGGCUUGCUGUCUCACGGCCACCCCAAUUGGCUCGGCCUUUGCCAAAUCAUGGCAGGGACUUUUCGCCGCGCGAUUUGUCAUGGGUAUUGGCAUCGGUGCAAAGAAUGCUACGGUACCUAUCUACUCCGCCGAGAUGGCCCCGGCUCGAAUUCGAGGUGCUCUGGUCAUGUUCUGGCAACUGUGGGUGGUAGCAGGUAUUUUCUUGGGCUUCUGCGCCAAUGUGAUUGUGAAAGACACGGGAGAUAUCUCUUGGCGUCUCCAACUAGGUUCGGCCUUUAUCCCAUCUUUCAUUCUCGGCGCGGGUAUCUAUUUCUGUCCCGAGUCCCCACGUUGGCUCAUGAAGCAUGGGAAGUAUGCGUCGGGAUUCAAAUCCAUGCUGCGCUUGCGAGCUCAUCCUAUCAUCGCCGCAAGGGACUUCUAUUAUUCGUGGAUUAUCUACGAAGAGGAGCUCAAGGAAGCCCGCGGCGCUGGCUACUUCGCGCGUAUGUGGGACUGUUUCGCUGUGCCGAGGAUUAGGCGCGCUAACUACGGUGCCUCAACCGUCAUGCUUGCCCAGCAAAUGUGCGGCAUUAACAUCAUCUCUUUCUACAGCUCAACGAUCUUCGAAGAUGUCGGCUACACCUCCGAGCAGGCCUUGUAUGCGUCUCUUGGCUAUGGCGCUAUUCAGGUCGUCUCCACUAUCCCUACUCUCUUCCUCAUCGACACCAAAGGGCGGCGAACCCUGACGUUGGCUACCUUCCCCUUGAUGUGUAUCUUCUUAUUGGCCGGUGGGUUGUCGCUUCUGAAAGAUGAUGGUAGCAGAGGGGAACAAAUCGGACCAGUUGUCCUAUUUGUUUACCUCUUCACGAUCUGCUAUUCGUUGGGUGAAGGACCCGUUGCUUUCCAGUACUCUGCCGAGGUGUUUCCCACCAUUCAGCGAGAGCAAGGAAUGGCUUGGGCUGUUUGCAUCAACAACACCUUUGCGGGUGUUCUCAGUCUCACCUUCCCUCGGAUGAGGACCGUCAUGACUCCAACCGGCGCUUUUGGUUUCUACGCCGGACUCAACCUUAUCGCUUGGUUUAUGAUAUUCUGCUUCGUCAGGGAGACCAAGCAGUUGACUCUUGAGGAGUUGGAUCAGGUGUUUUCGGUCCCAACGAAGGACUUCAUCCACCACGAGUUGACCGUGUGGCUUCCUUAUUUCAUCAAGCGCCAUAUCUUCCGUCGAAAUAUCGAGAAGCCGCCACCAAUCAUCGCAGCAGCGGACGGACCUGUGGGCAGUCGCGCGGCCUAA